CGUGUGAAUCUUCAAAACUGCAUACAAGGAAAAGAGCUGAUGGGCACUGACAGCACCACAAGCAGAAGAGAACGGCGGCGCCGCGCUCCGCCCCGCCGAGCCAGUGUCUGUGCAGGACGCACAGCGGUGCCCAACACCCAUUUUACAGCUGCAGAGGCCUCCCUGAGAGCCCUGCGCCGGGCGUCAGGCCAGUGACAGCGCUCGUCCGCUCCUCCCUCCUCCUGUCCUCACCGCCGUCCCGCACAUCCCGUAACCUCCACCUCUCCCCUGGCCUCUCGUCUUGCCCUGAGGCCUUUAAGGGGCGGUCCCGCGGCCAUCUUGGGCAGUGGCGCGUGCGCGGUGCGGAGCGGGAGCAGCAGCGAUGGGGCCGGGACAGAACAGCGCCGUGAGGGAACUUGCAGUACAUGCCUAUGUAGAAGUGGUGGAUAAAAAGCAAAGAAAGAGCAGCCACUUGUUACUCUGAGAGGAAACAACCGGACCUGGUGCUGCAACCUGAACCUUUGAGCCAAAGUCCAGCAUAUUUUCAUGAAGCAGAGAGAAAACAGUAGAGCCACAAAAAAAGUAGGAAAACCUCUUGCAGGAAUGGAAUUUUACAUAACAAAGACUGCAGAAAUUUUAUCGGUAAAGGGAGGAAAUGUGAGGAUGAGGAGUGGUGUUGAAUGGAUUGCUGCAGUCUCCGUAGCUGCUGGAGCAGCUGCUGUUGGAUAUCUAGCUUAUAAAAAAUUUCUCUCUAAAGACAAAUGCUGCAAAGCAAUGGUGAAUCCCCAUAUCCAGAAGGAUAACCCCAAGGUAGUCCAUGCCUUUGAUAUGGAAGAUCUGGGAGACAAGGCUGUGUACUGUCGUUGUUGGAGGUCUAAGAAGUUCCCACUGUGUGAUGGCUCUCACACAAAGCACAACGAGGAAACUGGCGACAACGUUGGGCCUCUGAUCAUCAAGAGGAAGGAGGCGUAGAGUGGACACUAGAAGCUACAGAAUCAAUGUCUGACAAAUCCUCUGUUCUCUUGUAAUUGGGGGGGGAAAAUCCACAAAUUCUUUGUCAUAUCACUGAAGACAUCCCAAUGUAGUAUAUACAUUAGGCUUCAGCAUGUAUAUUUUCUCUGGUGCUUGUUGUUCUUCAAUCACUACAAUGCAUAACUUACUAAGCAGUCAUGGUUUAAAUUUUUUGUCCUGUAAAGUGUGUGUACCCUCUCACUGAGUGUGAAACCAAAAUGAGGCACAGAAUGUACUUAAUCAGGAAAUAGGUAUUAAAUUCUUUCCAAAUACAUGUGUAUCAAAAGGUAGAUGAUAAAAUCCUGGAGAGGUUCUGAAAGUCACAGAGCUGGAUAGAUAUCCAUGUAAAAGGCAGUGGCAGGGAAGAAAUCACAGUGCCAUCUUAAUCUCUGAUUGUGCUGCAUUUUCUGCAGGUGUCACAUUUGUCCUGUUACACUACAGUGCUGUAUGACUUCUAUAAAAGAACAAAUACAAAUUGCUAGCUAUGAACAGACAACAGAAAAGGCUGAAAGUAAGAUGGGGCUAGAAGGCAACUUUACAUUUGAUUUUACAGCAGCAUUGAAACUUGACCCUACUUCAAUUUGGUAUCAAGAAAACACUGUCCAAACUACAGACCUGUAUUUAGAGUAGGAUUAGGGAAAUGGUCUCUAGAGAUUUCUUAACAGUUGAGUAGAAUGACACAAAGUGCUCCAAGAGUGAUGGGGGGGUGGGGGGGCGGGUGGCAGGGUUGUUCUUGGUUUUGGAGAAAGCCUUAGUUUCACUUGCAUUCUUUCAGUGAAGCCAACUUCCCCAGACCACAGGAUGUUUCUGUGGGGUGAAUAUGCUGAUUAAUUCCAGAAGCUAAAAUAAAACCGAAAACCCUCACCUGUCAUCACCAUCUGCUUCACCAUUGCACUGGCUAGUUCUGGAAAGCUUUUCCCACUGAGAAGGGAGGAGGCAUACCUUUCUCAAUAUGUGGCCUUAGGCUCUAUGUGUCUUAACUCCUGCCUUCCUGGGCUGCUAAUGUGGUUCAGCUGAUUUUACCAAAAAACCCUGGCAUGGAUGAAGUAAGGCUUUGAAAACAGAUGGAAACAAGAAGGGAGGGAAGGAGGAGACAGAGAGAGCUCUUACUCUCCUUACCCAUGGCACUUAUCUUCUUGUUUGGUAUGGUUGCAUUAAUGGCUGUCAUGUUGGUUUCCUUAAAUAGCUUUGAUUUAUUAACAUGCAUGUAAGUACAAAGCAAAACCCAAAGAGUGGGGCAGCAGGGGGCAAUUUUGUACUAAACCCAGUCCAUUAGUGUAACUGUGGCCUGCAUAAGAUUGAGCUCUGAAUGUCCUCGGACAGAAACUACCUCAGGGCUACAUGAAAGGCCUUGUUAGGAAGCUGACAUUUUAGCCUGGACCCUUAAGAAUUCUUCAGAUGAUCAGGGCAGAAGAGGUUCUGUUUGUAUUAUUUUUUUAAGGGUGGUUGGUACAACUGGUUAAAACUGAAGAUGUUUUGCGUAGUCUCUAUGUGAGGCUUUCAGCAGCUGAGGUCUUGCCAACUGGUCUGGAUUUGGGCAGAAGGCCCAGAAUGUAAAGAAGGAGGCACAGGUAGAGAAAGGUGGAGUGUCAGAGUAAGGGCACUACUGUCCAAGAGACCUCUUGACUUGAAAGAAGUUGUGGUCAAAUACGUCAGUUUGUCUUUUCUGUCUGUCUUGAGUAUAAAGACACUUGAUAUUUUUUACUUUGCUGAGUACUACUGCAUAUGGAAAGUUGUUUUAACCUUAAAUUAUCAAAUACAUUUUAUCCAAAGCAAAGUAACUUCUGUAUUAUUAGAAUAUGACACUGGAUAUAUCUGAAUUUUUGUCAAAUACACAUUUGAGCUCAUCUUAA